AAUCAACAAACCGAGUUGACGGGUCUGUAGACAGCACGAUUUGGUACGGCACAGUUAUGUUGGACUGUUAUUAGACUAGAUGGGGCGAGUGGUAAGGUACCUCCUGCGAGUAUUUGAACGCGCAUGCGGCCUCCAAACUUUAGCCAGGGCAUCGCCACAUUUCGACUACGCCUCCCCCAUCUCCUAAUAUUAAUACAGUAGUCGUUAGCUCAGGCGGCCGCUCACCCGGAACCUUAUUCAACGUCUUCGACCGUUUCAGUCAUCCCAUCGUCUUCAUCCUCCAAGCCCCUCUAGACAGUCGAUCACCCAUUUUUAACCGGUUCGAAACGCCAUCAUGCGUACCGCUGCACUCCUCUGGCUUGUGCCUGCAGCACUAGCCAGUGCCAUUCCAUCAUUGGAACAGGAUUCUCCCGCUGUCACGUUCGACAAGAGACAGAAUGUUUUCCCAAACCUCCCCGGACCAAAGAUCCUGCAGGCUGAUGUGUAUGCGGGUAUUGCUGCUAUCAAUCAGCAGAUCUUCCAGGCUACGCAGAAGCCUGCUCAGUUCAAGAAGUGCAACCCCACGAACAUUAUUGUUCGCAAGGAAUGGGUGACCUUUACCACAUCGGAGAAGAAAGACUAUAUCAAGGCUGUUCAAUGUAUCUCCAAGCUACCCCCUAAGACACCGGAGUCCGAGUGCCCGGGUUGCCGGAAUCGAUACGAUGACUUUGUUGCUACUCACAUCAAGCAAACAUUUGCCAUUCAUAACACUGGCAAUUUCCUCCCAUGGCACCGCUACUUCACCUAUGCUUACGAGCAAACUCUCCGCGACGAGUGCGGUUACAAGGGCUACCAGCCAUACUACAACUGGCCACGAUGGGCUGACGACCCAAUGAAGAGCCCUGUCCUAGACGGCUCCGAUACCUCAAUGGGCGGUAAUGGUGAUGCAGGCUGCAGCAACCAGACGUUCUACGGUAUCCCGACCAACGAGUCGCCUCUCAUCAAGAUUCCCAAGGGCACUGGCGGAGGUUGCGUGACGUCUGGUCCGUUCAAGGAUUGGUCCGUCAACCUUGGUCCAGUCUUCACCGACUCACUCUGCACGCCUCCCAAUCCGAUUGUCGACUUCACUGACCCCAAUGCGGGAGUCGCACACAACCCCCGCUGCCUGAAGCGUGACAUAUCCGCUUGGGCUUCCAGUCAAUGGACCAAUGACAAGAUGGUUGUCAAACUGCUGAAUAGCCCUGACAUGAAAACCUUCUGGUACGACAUGCAAGGUGGUGAGGCUGCAUUCUCCAACAAUUUCAUGGGUGUGCACACUGCUGGCCACUUUACUGUGGGCGCUGACCCUGGUUCUGACUUCUUCACCUCUCCUGGUGACCCAUACUUCUACUUCCAUCACGCCCAGAUCGACCGUGUGUGGUGGUCAUGGCAAAACGUGAACCCUGCAGAAAGGACUACGGCCAUCUACGGAACCAUCGCCCUAGGUGACCCCACCGCUCCUGCGACCAAGCUCACCGACUCCAUGACUCUCGGACACGCUUACCCCGGAAACAUCACUGUUGGUGAUGCGAUGAGCACCAUGGGUGGACCUUUCUGCUACACCUACAUCUAGACGCGGCCUCUGACUUUGGUUUCCUUGCUGUAUAUACUUGACCCGUACAUGUUCUUUUGGAUGGUGGACUAGAGUCGAUUUGCUGUUGAGCUCAAGAAUAGACCGACCGUGCGUAUUUGAUGACAAUGAAAUAGACUACCAUUGAGA